AUGGAUCCUUUGCAGAUAAAACAGAACCAUCAGAACAAUCUCGCUGGAGGAAAGAAGCAGACAGAGAAACGGAAAGGAAGAACCUCUUGUUCCAGCAAAGGAUUUGAGAAUGAAGAAAAGUCUGGACGCAAGGACAUUCAACCUUACGAUCCAGAAAUUGAGCGCACAUCAAGGCAACUAAAGAAGAGGAACCAAGCCUCAAAAGCAUCCACAUCAACACCUGCUGUCCAAACAGCCCCUGUUGAAGCCUCUACUGUCCAAACAAGGACAGCAACUACUGUGAACAGUGCUGAACCAGCAAUAAUCCCAGCACAACCCAUUUCUGCACCAGCAGAAAAUCCUGCAGACCAGCAAUUUGCAAGACCAGCAACUGUUCUGUUUGCCCAAACAGGACAGUCCCCUGCUGAAAUCACCCAACCAGCAACUGCUGUGUUUGCCCAAACAUCAUCUUCUGUAGCACAGCCCACUGCUGUGUGUGCCCAAACAGCGGCUGAGAUGGCAGAAUAUAACAUGCAACCUGCUGCACCUCAACCUGCUGUAUAUGCUGAAAUUCAUCCAGAAAAUCAACCAAACUAUGCACCAAUGGCUGAACCUCAAGCACCAGCUGCUCCCCAUAAUAGACAUGCUGCCCAAGGCCAAAUAAUUCAGGAAAAUCCAAUUGUCCUUAGCCAAGCUCAACAAGCUCAAGUAAUUCCACCGCCUAGGCCAUGUGGGAUCUGUGCCUAUGAAGGCCACCCAACUGAUCAAUGUCCCACACUCCAAGAAGACCAUCACCAAGCCAAUGCUAUUGGAAGGUACAACAACCAGCCUAGACAUGAUCCAUACUCUAAUACGUACAAUCCUGGUUGGAGAGACCAUCCCAAUUUCAGCUAUGGGAAAUCCAGCAAUACUCAGAAUUACCAAAAUUACCAAAGAGGCCAAGGUCAACCAGCACCUUCAAGAUCAGACCAGCACCUUGAAAAGAUAAUGGAGUCCUUCGCAAGUACUUUGCAGACCAUCACUCAGCGUCUGGACGGAUUGGACACGUCCGUUAGAAGAAUUGAAUCCCAAGGUGCACUUAAGGACACAAGAGUGGUUAUUCAAUUGGCUGAUAGAUCCGUGGUAUACCCCAAAGGCGUUCUCGAAGAUGUUCUAGUCCAAGUGGACCAACUUACUGGGCAAACAAGCAGACAGGAGGCAGAAAAGGCAGACUGCUGUUUGCCCAAACAGCCAGCAAAGGCAAAGAAGGCAAACCUCUGUUUGCCCAAACAGGUUCAGCAGCCAACUAAGACAGAAUGCAGACCACCCAAGUCCAUCCAGCAAGAAAAACUCAGUUUGCCCACACCAUUUUCCCAAACAGCAAAGACAGAACACCGUUCACCUGGGAAAACAGCAGAAAAGCAACCAGCAGAUUACUGUUUGCCCAAACAGUAUUGA